UCCUCUAAAAACUUUUCACCUACAUCACCACCCCAAAAUUCAAUUCAAACCUGCUCUAUUCACCAAUUUUUAUCAUCAUUUUUCCAAUCAGUAACAUAGUACAAUCUCUUUCCUACCAUUAUUAUCUUCAUUAUUACAGUGGGGAUUUAUCUCCACAUGUUUUCUUUCUUUCUUCAUAAAUAUUGAACAGACCCAUUGGAUUUUUUAAUUUUUGCUGAAAUUUUGGAGGAACAAAAAGAUAAUGGAAGGAAGUAGUUUGGAUUAUGGUGUAUCUGGUUUGAAGGUUAUUGGUGAUCAUGCAACUUCAAGUAACCAAAUCUUGUGGUUGUUUUCAGUUUUUGGAGGCUUUAUUAUGUGUAAAGUUGUUUAUGAAUUGACUGGUGUAAUUACCCCCUUGGUCUACAAAGGUUUUAACAAACUUGAUGACAUGCAGAAACUUGAAUGGAAAAACAGGGGAUUCUCGACCUUCCAUGCACUUUUUGCAGCUAUUGGUUCUCUAUACUUUUUGGUCAUUUCAAAUCUUUUUGAAGAGCAUAACCAAAAAGAGUUGAUUAUCAACCGUUCCUCCGCAUCAUCUGACACUCUACUUGGGAUGUCCAUUGGUUACUUUUUGUCAGAUUUGGCGAUGAUAAUAUGGACUUAUCCAGCUUUAGGCGGUGUUGAAUAUUUCUUCCACCAUGGACUCUCUUUGUUUGCCAUUGUUCAAUCCCUCAUAAGUGGCCAAGUUCAGUUUUACAUCCUUAUGGUUCUUUUCACUGAGAUCACAACACCCUUUGUGAAUCUAAGAUGGUAUUUGGAUGUUGCCAAUAAGAAGAACUCCACCCUUUACAUGUUGAAUGGCGUUGGAAUGUUUUUAGGGUGGCUGGUUGCCAGGAUCAUUUUGUUCAUCUACUUUUUCUACCACAUUUAUACACAUUUUGAUCAGGUGAAGCAAGUUUACUAUCCAAUGGGAUUCUACACCUUGUUGACAAUCCCUCCAGCAUUGGCGUUGAUGAAUUUGUUUUGGUUCUACAAGAUUGCCAAAGGAAUGGUUAAAACUCUCACCAAGUUAAGAAAGCAGUCAUAAUAGUUGAUUGUUUUUUUAGUAGUCACGUUAAACGUUCGUCCAAAAUCAACAUGUUGCUUUGGCAACAGCAAAAAAGCAUGGAAUGUUGCAAUAUCGGGAGAUUUCAGGACAAAAAAAGGUCAAAUAUUAUAUAUUUUGUUUGCCCUUUAAGUUCCCCAAGAUAUGCUUAAGAUCAUAUAUCUUCAGUAAACUAUAGUUCUCACUAAUUGGUGUUCAAGAUGUACUUCUUUUGUUCAACAAGUUGUGUGUUUCUAUAUUUCAUUUUCUUAAGCUUGUUGCUUAUAAGGGUAAAUGGAUGGAGUAUUCGUUAAGAUUAUUUGGAGAACUAGAUUAUUUGACUCAGAUGUAUAUUCUCUAAUUGAAUUCUUUCUUUACACA